CUUAGAAAGAUACCCAUUGUGGGUUAUAGUUCAAUAAGGUUAUUUUUGAAGAAUAAGUUCCCAUAAUUAAUAAUCGGUUUUAAUCGAACUUCUAUAAAAACAUCAUCAGAUGGAGUAUGGCAAGGAGAGAGUACUUUGCACUAUGCUUUCCGAGUACUUUGCACUAUGCUUUCCCAUUGUUAAUUAUUCAAACCAUCCCAGUUGUGUUCCUCAGUCGCUUGCUUGCUUUCCUCCUCAAGCCCCUUCGCCAACCUAAUGUUGUGGAUGAGAUCCUUGUAAGUUCUGUGCACUGCCGGUCACUACAAGAGAACAUGGAAUUAGCUACGGCAUUUGUUGGCAGGGAUUAUGCUUGGACCGUCAUCAUUUCGGAGGAACAAAGCUUUCACACAUUGGAUUUUUCCAUCAUGGAGUACUCCAAUUCUUGAAUGUGUAGCAAGCAUAGGCCUCUUAUUUUUCUUAUUCUUCGUUGGCCUUGAGUUGGACUUAAACGCCACUCUUAGAAGUGGAAAAAAAGCUGCUGGAAUAGCAUUUGCAGGAAUAUUUCAUUGCCCUUUCUCUUAAGCAUUGGAGUUGCUUUUCUUUUAAGAAAAGUAAUCAAAGGGAUUGAUAGUGUUGGAUAUGGAGAGUUUUUCUUGUUCAUUGUUGUUUCACUUUCAAUCACUGCCUUCCCUGUUCUUGCUUGAAUACUUGCCGAACUUAGGUCAGAUUUAAGUUGCUUGUGUUUUUUGGAGGACCUGAUUGUCGUAAGGCUUUGGAAUUUGGUAGUAGAAUGGUUGAGCAUCCUGCUGUCAGGAUUACCUUAGUAAGAUUCAUCCGUCAUGAGAGUGAUUUUGAUGAAGCUGAAAGGACCUUGGAUGAUAUGACUAUUUCAGAAUUCAAGAUGAGGUGGGGUAAACAAACUAUAUAUGCUGAGAAAGAAGCAAAUAAUAAUUUGGUGAAUGAAGUGUUGACAAUGGGAAUGAGUGAAGAAUUUGAGCUGAUGAUAGUGGGGAAUAAAAGUAAGUUCCCACAAGGCAUAAUGGCAAAACUGUUUGAGCAACAAUUAAAUGAGCACAAUAAUUCAGAAUUGGGGCCAGUGACUAAUCUGUUGGCUUCAUCAGGAAAAGGGAUAAAAAGUUCUGUCCUAGUGAUCCAACAACAAGAAGCUAGUUUUGGCUGUGGAAAUAGUGUAAGCAAGGAUAUUGGGAACUCAAAAGUGGCUAGCUUUAUAGAUGGUUCAGACACCAUUAAUAAGAAUGUGUGACUAAUUUGAUAUAAUAUCAUUAAUUACAAAGUAUUAUCAAAUCAAUUAGCUGUUGAAUUUGAAGAAAAUCCUCUUCAAGUAGUAGUUAAGUUUACAUUAAUGUCUUGUCCUCUAUGUGUUUAUAUUGAAUAAAUGUGUUGAAGUGUCACUGUUAUACCCUAUUUUAACCGGAGUCAAAAUUAGUUUAUAACAUCCCGAUAAUUCCGGGAUUAAUUAAAGUCAAGGAGUCGUCACCUAAUUAUUUAUGGUGAAUUAGGACACCUAAAGUUUAUUAAAGUUAACUCUGUUUUAAUGUCAACGAAACUUAAGAUUCUAGGUAAGGGUUCAACUAAUCUAGAGGGAAGGUAUUAGGCAUCCUCUAAGAUCCAUUAACAAUGGUUAACCGACCGGACUUAGGUGAAUUAAUUAGACUAGUAAAAGUGUAAAAUAUAAGUAUUAACCUAUAAGGUAGUUGAUUUAAACUAAGAAUGGGAAUUAGUGUUUAAAAGUUAAAGGCCGUGACUAAAAUGUAUUGUGGAGUUUCAAAAGGGCAGAAUGAAAUUUCAAAGGUAGUAAUGUAUGUGAAUUUGGUGUUGGUUCUUUGUUUGUAAACAUAUUUUUUGUAUUGCUAUAUCUUCGGUAAGCAUAUUUUCGGUAAACAUAUGAGUUCGGUAAACAUAUGAAUUCGGUAAACAUACUUUUUGUUUGUUGAUUCUUCAUUUCAGAUAUAUCUUUUAGUACUAAAGAGUGAUGACAAAGAACAAAGGGACUCUUAUUCUUCUUUGUGUUGCUAAUUUUUCUAACAGAACACACAUAAUUAGAGAUCAAAUCAUUCCAAUGCAAAUAAAGUGAAAAGCAAGCAGAUAGAUGUGCAAAAAUAAAGUAACGGAAAACACAUAUGUUUAAAUGGAAUCGGCCCAUUUUAAAGUUGCCAUCUUAUAUUUUGCCGUGUGGGCUUCGACCCAGUAGACCUUUUGUCACAUAUUGCUGCAGAUUGGGCUGAUGGGAAUGACUCGAAGAGAUUUCGUUGGGCUUUUCCCAACACCGAAUGCGGGAGAUGACGAGUCCCUUUGACUCGUAUGCGAGAUGAUCAUGCAUAAAAAGGAAGGGAAAAUAAUUAGUACAUAAUCAAUGAAUAGGGCUAGACAUGUAUAAUGUAAAUUCAAAGAAGGGACAGAUCAGUGAAAUGGGACAGAUCGGUGACAUGUAUAAUGUAAAUUCAAAGAAAUAUCCAGUCCAAAACAAAGCUUCAACCGUAACUAAUGUCUUAUAAAAAACAGAUGAAAUAGGCAGUAAGGUCCAAAUAUCAGACAAGCAGCCAAAUGAAAGAACAGGGGAACGAUAUACCAGACGAAGUUCAGUUAUGCAUCACAUAAACAACCUCUGUCAAGCAGGUACAGCAGAGUUAUUUAAAAAAAUAAAUUCUUGUAAACGAAGUAUGCAGGCUGGUUUGAGCAAUAUACUCACAGUGCAAAAUUUGGACUUAAGACUCAGGUUUAAACACACUUUAAUUAGACAUACUACAUCACAGUUUAAGUAGAUUCACUAACGACAAUAACUAGAUAAAAGGCUACUAAGACCAUAUAAUAUCACUAUAAAUGUGCAUAUAUAUCCCAUAUCAAACUAGAUUUAUCUCUUAUAGGCCUUAAUCUCAGGCAGUUAUGGCAUUGUGUAAUCAUUAAACUUAUAUGAAACAUUUAAAGCAUCACGACAGCGUUGUGCAUCAACAUAAACGUGAAUAAACAGUAAUCGAACACAGAUCGCUAACAAACCUACGUGACUUUGAACAAUAACAUUUGAGCCAAAUCUGGUCCUUUAAUCAACGUAUUAUGAAAACUAACAUCUUAUCACUUUCUUUGCUAAUUGAUAAAUAAAUCACAACAGAUAUGCUGAUCUUCUAACAAUGACACCAAAAGAAAAAUCCUAAUACCACCACUUAACUAAAGUGUGAACCAGAACAGCAAGUAGUCGGCAACUAUGUUAUCGACCAUUAAACUACAAUCAGCUAAACACACAAUAUACACGAAUCCUUUCAAGCUACUAAUUAAGACCAGAUUAUCUAACAACAGAGCACACAUAAACGAACUGAGCUGAUUGAAACGACGGACACGGGUGAACAACAAAAACACUUACCAAAUUACUAAAAACUGAAAUUAAACAGUUAAAGAAGGGUUGUUUACCUUCUGUUGGUGUAGUGAAUUGGGGACGUCAAGGUCUCCGAUCUACACUCUAUCUUAAAGUAACAGUAGAGUAAAACUGCUUAAUAUUUCAAAUGGGUAUAUCCGGAUAUAGUGAUUGAAAGUAUAAGUAUUUCAAGUGGGAUUUGAGGCGGCUGAUCGAACUCUAACAGAACGGAAUUCGAACAAAUCCAGAUUUAGAGUAAUAACGAAAAAUAGGAAAAUAUUGAGUGUCGUGAGAAAAUCAGUCCCCUUUCUUGAGACUUUUCAAGAUGUAUUUAUAGGAUGAUUUGUAGGGUUUUUGGGUUCGAAAUUGAGCGGGAUUUCUAGUGAUCCGUUUGAAAUCCGAAUCAAAUCUUUAAAGUUGAUCUUCUUUUCAGAUUUCGAAAGUUGUUUUGGCCGUUUGUGUUUGACCAGAUCGUGUGUAACAUACAAGGCAAGGCAAAAUAUGCCCCGGUUGAAACAAAAUUGGUUUCUUGUUUGGAAGAGGAAAGAGGAGAAAGGAACGGGAAAGAGAGAGGAGCGUUGCACAAAAAUGGAUAGGCAAAGAUCUGUGAUGGUGAAAGAGAGACUGCAUUUUCGCUGGAAAUGGAGAGGUAUGACUGUGCACGACUAAGGGGAGAGUGUAUUGUAGCCCAAAAUGGUGAAGGGAGAGAGGAGUGUUGCACGAAAGUAGCAUGGUGAGAGUCUACCAUGGCUGAGGAAAAGUGAAUCUUUGUUGUAAAAGGAAAGAGGUGAGGAAAAGAGAGGAAAGAAACUGUGCGGCUUCUCUUUUGUUGAAGAUAGAGAUUUAGGGAUUUAAUUAAAAUGGGCCGGGUCGGGUAAAAACGGGUGUGGGCUGCUCCGGGUUUAAACAAGUGGGCUGCUGAGUUGAAAACAAAUGGGCUGGUCGGGUAAAUGUGGUAAUGGUGAGCUGAAUUAAUUAGAGUAUGUGCUAAUUGUUAAAUGGACUGGUAAUGGGAAAAUAUGGGCUGGUCGGGUAAGUUGUUGUGGGCUGCUCCGUUUGGGCCAUGAUUUGGUUGAAAUAUCAUGGCCUUCCUUCUUUAUUUAAAUUAUUUUUUGGGGCUUCUAACUUAAUA